GGAUUUACGCUCACAUGUGGGUUUAAGACGGUGACGGAUCGUGGAUCAAACUGAGACAAACCAGCGAGACAUGAGGCUUUAAAUCAACAUCUGGAAUUAAACUUGACGCUGUUUACAGAUAUUUGUUCCUCCGACGACCGACGAUGGAACAUUUUGAGCUGAACUUGUCUUCACUGUCUAUCAUCUGGAGACAAACGGACAAAAGUCCCAACCAGCUGAGCCAGUGUCUGUCCAAACAGAUAUGGAGUCAGCAGGACAGACAGGACAUCCUGGAGUGUCUGUCUCAGCUGCUUCUGGAGAAGGACCACACCCUGCUAAUUGCUCGACACCUGAGGCCGCUGGUUCUGGACCUGCUGGAGCGGAAUGCAGAGCGAGUCAGAGCCGGUGGAACCAUCAACCACGACCUCCACGAGCGUCUGUGUGUGGCGCUCAGCAAACUCCUCCGCGUCAGUCCCGACGCCCAGACGUUUGCGGUGAGGUACUUCAGCGACGCCCCCCCAGUGUUCCAGAGGCUCUUCUUCACCAGCGAGGAGGCGUCAUCGGUGCGAUACGGCCCCAGGAGGAUGAAACUGCGUGACCUCAUGGGUGCUACACUGCGUUUUCUGCAGAGCGAUUGUGCCAGGUUUCGGGUGCUCUGGGACUGGAGUCCCUGCGUGUCACAGCUGCUCACCAGUGAUGUCAUGGUUCGAGGGUACACGGCCCUGUGUUUAGCUCUGGUGACUCACAUGACCGAUAACCAGAAAAGCAUCUUUCUGAGGAAAGUGCUGAUGAACGAGGAGAUCCUGCACAUGAAAAUGAAGGCUCUGGAAGAAUCUCAGCACCUGGAGGUGGAAAAGGCUCUGGUCUUAGUCAAUCAGGGCUCUGUCAGGUGGCGCCAGGACAAAGCUAACAGGUUUAUCCAGGGACAGGUGGUGUCAGAAGACCUGUCCCACAAAGUGGUAGCAGUUUGUGGCGUUGUACUUCCUAGAAUAAUUCCCGAACAGAACGAACAGGUGAACUUGAAAGACAUGGUGCUGGUGGACUCAACUUGCCGCAGUCUGAGGAGACUGGCAUUGGCUGUGGCGUCUCAGAGGGCGGUGCUCCUCGAGGGUCCAAUUGGAUGUGGCAAAACCACGCUUGUGGAGUUCAUAGCCGCGGUCACAGGACACAGGAAAGCUUCAAAGAUCCUGAAAGUCCAGCUUGGAGAUCAGACUGACAGUAAGAUGCUGCUCGGGAUGUACCGCUGUACCGACAUUCCGGGGAAGUUUGUGUGGCAGCCAGGGACGCUGACACAGGCUGUGUCCAAAGGCCAGUGGAUCCUGCUGGAAGACAUAGACCAUGCUCCUCUGGAUGUGAUAUCGGUGCUGCUGCCUCUGAUGGAGAACAAGAAGUUGCUGAUUCCAGGACGAGAAGAUUGCAUUGACAUUGCUCCUGGAUUUCAAUUUUUUGCAACGAGAAGGCUGUACUGCGGUGGCGGCACGUGGCACAGACCUCAGAACUCUCAUGCAGCGCUGCUGGACAAAUACUGGACCAAAGUACAAAUGGGAGACAUGACGAGAGAAGAGCUGAAGAAGGUGGUGGUCAGCAGGUAUCCCCAGUUGUCUGCAGUUGUGGACCGUCUCCUGGACAUCUACUGUCAGCUGACUGGGGACAGACACGUUGUCCAGGACCUGAACAGCCUUCAGUCCCUCGAGGAGACUCAGCUCUCUGAGGAUACCAGUAUGCCGCUGGAGGGACGAGCUCUGUCUCUGAGGGAUUUAUUGAAGUGGUGUAAUCGGAUCAGUGCCGAUUUUGACAGCACGUCCUCUGCCACGGCACAACACGUCUUCCACGAGGCCCUCGACUGUUUCUCAGCGAUGCUGUCCCGCCCUGAAAGUCGACUGAGAAUGGCUGAAAUCAUUGGAGGCAAACUCAACGUUUCCAGAGAAAAGGCGCAGCACUUCUGUCAGCGCUACCAGCCGGGCAUCGUGCUGACGGAGCUGGAGGCCGUGGUGGGCAGAGUGACCGUGGCUCGAAAGCAGGCUGCAGCCGUGCAGCUCAGUGGGGACAAGCAGACGUUUGCUGCCACUCGUCCAUCUGCUGUGCUUCUGGAACAACUGGUUGUGUGUGUGGCCAAAGGUGAACCUGUUCUUCUGGUAGGAGAGACAGGAACAGGAAAGACCUCCACGGUGCAGUACCUGUCCCGAGUCACAGGACACAAGUUACGGGUUGUGAACAUGAACCAGCAGAGUGAUACUGCCGACCUGCUGGGAGGAUACAAGCCUGUAGACCAUAAGCAGAUCUUGCUGCCUCUGCGUGAGGCCUUUGAGGACCUCUUUUCUCAGACGUAUUCCAGGAAGCAGAACUUGACCUUUUUGGGUCAUGUCCAGACCUGCUUCAGGGGGAAACGUUGGCAGGAUCUGCUCAAACUUAUGGACCACGUCUGCAAGUCUGCACUCACCAAGGAGCUUCAGGAGAAGACAAAUGCCACCCUGCUGCAGGAGAAGUGGGAGGCGUUGGCCACAAAACUCAGUCAGACUCUGCAGCAAAUCCGAACCUGCGAGGCAGCCAUGGUCUUUGCGUUUGUGGAGGGAACGUUGGCACAGGCCGUGAAGAAAGGACAGUGGAUUCUGCUGGAUGAGAUCAAUCUGGCUGCAGCAGAGACCCUGGAGUGUCUGAGUGGACUCCUGGAGGGCAGCGCCAGCUCUCUGGUGCUGCUGGACCGCGGCGACACCGAGCCACUGAUUCGCCACCCCGACUUCCGGCUCUUUGCCUGCAUGAACCCGGCGACUGACGUGGGGAAGAGAAAUUUGCCGUUGGGCCUCAGGAACAGGUUCACGGAGCUGUAUGUGGACGAGCUGGAGGACCAAGCAGACCUGCGUGUUCUGGUUUCCGACUAUCUGCAGUGCUUGAAUCCACACAGGAACACCGUCAGCGGAAUAAUCAGUUUUUACCUGGCGGUGAGGAAGGAGGCUAGCUCGCGUCUUGUGGACGGGACGGGUCACAGGCCCCACUAUAGUCUGCGGACUCUGUGCAGGGCGCUGAAGUACGCGGCAGCAAACCCCUGCAAGAGCGUGCAGCGCUCGCUGUAUGAGGGCUUCUGUCUGAGUUUUCUCACACAGCUGGACCGGAGUUCCCACCCUGUGGUCCAGAAACUGGUUUGUCAGAACAUCCUGACGGGAAACACCAAGUGUCUCAAACAACCCAUCCCGGCCCCCUGCGACUGGACCUGUGUGGAGGUUGAGGGCUACUGGGUGUCCCAGGGGGACUUGGAGCCGGCGCUGGACCCCAGCUACAUCCUCACCGCCUCCGUCAAGCUCAACCUCCGUGACCUUGCCAGAGUGGUGUCUGCCGGAACUCAUCCAGUGCUGAUCCAGGGCGAGACGUCGGUGGGAAAGACCAGCCUGAUCCGCUGGCUGGCUGCAGCUUCAGGGAACCUGUGCGUGCGCAUCAACAACCACGAGCACACCGACAUCCAGGAGUACAUCGGCUGCUACGCCUCAGACGAGCGGGGCCAACUGGUCUUCAAAGAGGGCGUUCUGAUUGAUGCCAUGAAGAAGGGAUACUGGAUCAUCCUGGACGAGCUGAACCUGGCCCCCACCGACGUCCUGGAAGCUCUCAACAGGCUGCUCGACGACAACAGGGAACUCUUUGUGGCUGAGAUGCAGGAAGUCAUCAAGGCUCACCCCAGGUUCAUGCUGUUUGCCACCCAGAAUCCUCCUGGUCUGUACGGCGGCAGGAAGGUGCUCUCGAGGGCCUUCAGGAACCGCUUUGUGGAGCUGCACUUUGACUCACUGCCCAGCAGCGAGCUGGAGAUCAUCCUCCACCAGAGGUGCAGCCUGCCACCGUCUUACUGCAGCAAGCUGGUGAAGGUCAUGCAAGACCUUCAGUCCUUACGUCGGGGGUCGUCUGUGUUUGCUGGCAAACAUGGCUUCAUCACCCUCAGGGAUCUUUUCCGCUGGGCAGACCGCUACCGGCUGGAGGAGCAGACGGAGGCGUCUCGGGACUGGCUGCAGCACCUGGCUGACGAUGGGUACAUGCUGCUGGCAGGUCGUGUCAGGAAACUGGAGGAGGAGGCGGUCAUCCGAUCCAUACUGGAGAACCACUUCAAGAGGACGGUGAACCCAGAAAACCUUUUCUCUCAGGAACAGGUCACCACUCAGUUCAGUCCGUUCAUCGACAGCAUUGCUGGUGUUCCGGAGGAGUUUCGCCAUGUGGUGUGGACGUGGGGCAUGAGGAGACUCGCUGUGCUGGUGGGACGGGCGCUUCGAUUUGGAGAGUCUGUCCUGCUUGUUGGAGACACUGGAUGUGGAAAAACGACCAUCUGUCAGCUGUUCGCCGCUCUGGCUGGACAGAAGUUUUUUUCGGUGAACUGUCACCUGCACAUGGAGACGUCGGACUUCCUGGGAGGCCUUCGACCCGUCAGGCACACGCAGCAGGCUGAUGGCGAAGACGGUCGGCUCUUCCAGUGGCGUGACGGUCCGCUGGUUCUGGCCAUGAAGGAAGGCGGAGUCUUCCUGAUGGACGAGAUCUCUCUGGCCGAUGACUCGGUGCUGGAGAGACUCAACAGUGUGUUAGAGACGGAGAAGUCUCUGGUGCUCGCAGAAAAGGGCAGCGGGGACGACGAGGACGUGGAGGUCAUCAGAGCAGCCGCCGCCUUCCGUCUGGUUGCCACCAUGAACCCUGGUGGAGACUUUGGCAAAAAGGAGCUAUCUCCUGCCCUCAGGAACCGGUUCACAGAGAUCUGGUGUCCUCAGAACAACAGCCGCACUGACCUGCUGCACAUCAUCCAGCACAACCUGCGAUCCGGACUCUCGCUCGACGGGGGCGACAUGGCAGAACUGAUGCUGGAUUUCAUUGAGUGGCUGACCCGACAAGACUUCGGCCGGUGCUGCAUCCUGAGCGUCAGGGACAUCCUGUCGUGGGUUAACUUCCUGAACGCCAUCUGUGAGCGGGAUGAAGAUGGCUUCAUGACCAUGGGAGUUGUGGAGGAUGAGGACGAAGCAGAGUGGGACCUCAGGUUGGACACCAUUACUGCCUUUAUCCACGCCGCCUGUCUGAUCUACGUAGACACCAUUGGCUCAGGGACGAUGGCGUUCUGUGCAGACGAUGCCGCCAGGGCACGUCGCUUCUGUCUGGACUUCCUGCAGUGGCGCCUGACAAAGAUGACGAAGUUGGACCAGGAGACGCUGGAUGCUCUGCGAGUCUAUGACACCAACCUGGCCCGCGACCCGCAGUGGGGCGACGACUUCUUCGGCAUCGACCCCUUUUACAUCGCCUUAGGGCCUGAGAGUGACGGUCGUGACCUGUUGGACUACACCCUGGCAGCGGGCACUACAGCGGUCAAUGCUCAGAGGGUCCUGCGGGCGCUGAAGCUGCAGCGGCCAGUGUUGCUGGAGGGCUCGCCGGGCGUAGGGAAGACCAGUCUGGUGGCUGCCCUGGCAAAGGCUUCUGGGAACCACCUGGUUCGGAUCAACCUGUCGGAACAAACGGAUGUUACCGACCUGUUUGGGACGGAUCUGCCGGUGGAAGGAGGGAAGGGAGGAGAGUUUGCAUGGCGGGACGGCCCUCUUCUGGCGGCUUUAAAGGCGGGACACUGGGUGGUUUUGGAUGAGCUGAACCUGGCCUCUCAGUCUGUGCUGGAGGGCCUGAACGCCUGCUUCGAUCACCGUGCUGAAGUCUACAUUCCUGAACUGGGUAUGAGCUUCCAGGUCCAGCACAAGAAGACCAAGAUCUUUGCCUGCCAGAAUCCCUUCACCCAAGGUGGAGGGCGUAAAGGACUUCCCAAAUCCUUCCUCAACAGAUUCACACAGGUUUUCCUGGAUCAACUCACCAGCAAAGACAUGGAGUUCAUUGGGGACUCUAUUUUCCCCAGCAUCGAUAAGGAGAUUGUGGCUAAAAUGGUGGCGUUCAGUAACAGGCUUGUCCAGGAGGUUUGUGUGGAGAGGCGAUGGGGUCAGAGAGGCGGUCCCUGGGAGUUCAACCUUCGUGAUAUGUUCCGUUGGUGUCAGCUGAUGCAGGCCGACCAGUCGCCGGGAUUUUUCAACCCAGGUCAGCAUGUGGCUCUGGUGUACGCCGACAGGAUGAGGACAGAGAGCGACAAGGCUCAGGUGUUGUCUGUAUUCAAGAAGGUGUUUGGAGAGAACUUUGAGCCUUACACUGGAUCAAGACAGUUCCACAUCACUCCGCUCAACCUGCAGGUGGGAUUCUCAGUCCUGCAGCGCAGUGGUGGAGCCCCUGUGGCCCUGGACCCUCCACUGUCCAUCACGCACCAGGCUCUGCGGCCCCUGGAGUCCCUGAUGAAGUGCGUGGAGAUGGGCUGGAUGACCAUCUUGGUCGGGCCUACAGCUAGUGGAAAGACCAGCCUGGUGAGACUGCUGGCCCUGCUGACGGGGCAUCGCCUCCGGGUCAUGGCCAUGAACAGCGCCAUGGACACCACAGAGUUGCUGGGCGGAUUCGAGCAGGUGGACAUCAUGCGGCCCUGGCAACAAGUGCUGGAAAGUGUGGACUAUAUAGUUGCCAUGGUAACAAGGCGCGGCCUAAUGUCAUUGGACUCGGGUGUCCAGGACACAGAGUUCCUGCUGAAGACAUGGGGUCUGUUCUGCCACUGGCUGAAAGAUGAAGACCUGGAAAGAACUGGAGGAACUGUCAACUCAGAGGCUGUGAACCACCUGGAGGUCAUUAUCCUCCUCCUGCAGAAACUCAACACCAAGCUCAAAGUCUUCACUGACAUGUCGAAGCUGCAGAUGGACUUCACUCUGCUGAAGGAGCGUCUGGCCCAGCUGGAGGAUGGCUGGACCAACGGAGGCUUUGAGUGGUUAGAUGGGAUGUUGGUCCAGGCCUUACAAGCUGGUGAUUGGCUGCUCAUGGACAACGUCAACUUCUGCAGUGCGUCCGUCCUGGAUCGUCUCAAUGCUCUGUUGGAGCCUGGUGGAUGUCUGACCAUCAGCGAACGUGGUGUCAUCGAUGGGACCACCCCCAAAAUCACCCCGCAUCCCAACUUCAGGUUGUUCCUGACCAUGGACCCUGUGCACGGAGAGCUUUCCAGGGCCAUGAGGAACCGAGGGGUGGAGGUCUAUAUUCCAGGGGAGCACGAGAGCAUCUGCUGGGACUCACUGGACCUGAAGACCCUGCUUCACACGGCAGGCCUCGCCGGGGACUGCUUGUGUGAGCUGCUUAUCCAGAUCCACAACAAUAUCCAAUCUGCCAUCUGGGACUCUCCUGUGUCCUCUGUGACAUCCCUCCUCCACGCUUCCGCCCUGCUCGCCUGCCAGCUCCAAAGAGGUAUGGAUCUGCCCAGCGCCCUGCAGCACACCUGUGGCGAGGUCUACACCUCCUGUCAGCGCACACCCGCAAGCCAGAAGAAAGCCCAGCAGGUGAUCGAGCAGCACUUGGUUCACCUGGACACGGAGGAUUGGGGUAGCAGCUUGCUGUGUCCUGGUGUUUGGCCCGACAGCUUCCCAUCUGCGCUCCUCUCGGCUGAAGACUCGUGCUUCUCCACUGUCCUUCGAGAUGGACAGGUCCUCCUGUUCUGUCUGAACACUCUGAGCCUGCAAGACAAACGGAGUCGUCCGCUCAGCCUGAGUGACCUGCAGAGGGCGCUGCAGAGUGGUGGUGUUCAUGAAGGCCCGGUGUUCUGUGGAGGAGUGGUGGACCUGCAGCACGGGGACACCCUGAAGCUGAUCUCCACCGCCGUGCGGCUGCUGACUGAGCGGGCUUCACAUGGAGACUGGAUCCUGCGCAGCAACUGGCUGGCUCACCUGGGAAAGAGCUACAAAUACGCUCCGGACUCGGCACUGGUCCAGGUGGAGGCUGGAAACAAGGCGCUGAAAUCUGCCUUCAGCAGCAAACUGGCUGCAAAGGGGAAGUCUCUGACUGAGCUCCUGCAGCCGCACAGCAUCGAUGAGUACAGGAUUCUGGUGGACAUGCGCUGGAACAAACAGUACCUUGACAUUUUAGCAAAUAAAUGCAACUUUGAAGAUGAAGAAAGAUACACAGAGUUCCUGGAGGCUCUGAACGCCGUCGCCAACAGGAUCGUCCUGCUGAUGGACAGAGAGGAGAGGUCUGCCGUCUGCGUCUCUCCCGUCAGCGUCUCUGCUCAGAACUGUGCCCUGAGAACAGCCAUGGCCUUCAGCAAAGGGACCGUGGACGUUGGACACCUGCCCCACCCGGUCCUGAUGCACCUUCGGCCCUUCUUUGACCUGUGGGACUCAUUCAUCCUGCAGGCCGCGCAGAGCGGCCAGCCCCACAUCUCCGACCACAUCAUGUUCGAGAUCCUGCAGCUGCUGCAGUGGUGUGAUCGUUUUUGGGAUGUGUGCAGUUCCCUGCCAGCGGACCCUCAGGGUGUCUCCGUGCUGUCGCUGCACUGGCAGUGGGCGCACAAACAUGCCAUCCAGCGGCUGCCACAGCUGCUUCUAGGAGAUGCUGCCGUCACCUUCGAAGGACAACAGGAGCUGCAGGCAGUCUCUGCAGCCAUCCAGGCGGUUCUGUCUACUCCCACAUCUGUGGCAGCGGCUUUGAAGGGGAUUCAGAAGACUUUGGGCAAAGCUCUUCCUUUCAAGCUGGAGUCGGUGGCCGAGUGCGCGUCCCGCCUCAGGCUGUUGAGCAAAGCUCUUGAUGUGAGCAGUCUGAGGCUGGACAGCACCAGCGGACAGUGGAGGCAGGACCUGGUGCGACUUCAGGGUUCUGGACUCGGACUGGACCUCAAGGAGAGUCUCCUGGAAGCCUGGGGUCUCGUGCUGCUCACCAACAACCAGCUGGAUCCUCAGACGUCCGGGGUCUUGGAGAGGCUGGUGUCCUGUGUGGAGCAGCAGCAGGGUCACAUGAUGUCUCGGGGGCUCCUGGACAUCUGCAGCCCGUCUGACGAGUCCAGAGACGGGACCCAGCUGUGCAGAGCGGCCCUGCAGCAGCUCCGUGGCCGGGCUCAGCUCUGGCCUCUGAUGGAGGAACUGGCCGUUCUCAACCAUCUGCGACUCAGCGCCGACCUGCUGCAGCUGGCGCUGUCACCAGGCGACCAGGAGUCUGAGGACGGCUUACGGCGAGAACUCUCCAGACAUCUUCGUUACUGCCUGCAGUCGACGCCGAUGAACGUCAGUCAGCUGCAGCCGCUGUGGUUCCUGCUCAGCAGUGACAAGCCGGCUGAGGAGCUGCAGUUCGUGUGGUGCGACUUGCUGUCGGAGGCUUUUUCCGCCCUGUGGACAGGCAGCAUCACCUCAGACCCUGACCGCUGGCUGCAGUGGGACCCCCUUAGCCCAGAGGUCCAGCUGGCGUCCAGACUUCACCUUGGAGCAGAUAACACGGGUCCGGCUUUGCUCAGUAAGGCAACGUGGUCACACUGCGUGCUGGGUGUGCUCAGUGACUCCGGAGGCAGAUGGGAACCCUCUGCGGCGGCGCUUCUGUCUGUGUCCCGUGUGACCCUGGGCGAGUGGAAGGAGAGGAUCCAGCAGCUGCAGGACGUGACCGAGGUGCUGUGGGACAACAUGACCAUCGCCGCCAUGGCCCAGUUCAGGGGAACAGACUUCAGGCUUCAGGGUGCCGUUCUUCGCAGGCAGCUUCAGAGCAUGGCCGACCUGAUGCCGCCCAGCCUGCAGGAGGGCUUCAUGGAGAGCUGCGAGAGCCUGGUAGAGGACGCCGAUCCCCUGAUAGCUGCCCAGGAGAUCCAAACCAUUUUCAGAGACUUCCUUCCUCCUAACCAGCUCCCUGAUGGCCUCCUGGAGGUCUGCAUCAACUGCCUGCAGCAGUAUGUCCAAUGCAAGGUCCAAGGCACCAACCUGCUGACCCACUCAGGAGUAUUCUGGGUCAAUAUGGGCUUGUUGCAGCUCAGAGUCUGGACACCACAGACCAUCUUUGAUCCAGCUGUGAAGAGGGCCUUCAAACUGAAGUAUGCUCAGCAGGAGCUGGCUUUGCUGCAGGAGGAGUGGAGAGGAAGAAGUCUGUCGUCUCAGCUGCUAACUGGAACAGAGCUGGGGGAGAGCAGCACCACCGAUGGCUUCCAGCACCCUCGGGUUCGGUACCUGUGGAUCCGUAUGCAGCAGGUGAAAGAGCAGAUAGCUGAGCUCUGCAGGAAGCAGGCCUGUCGCCCACAUGAAGCGCAGUACGGCCAGCUCUUCCAGGAGCUCCAGCACUACCUGUGCAGCAUCGGCCAGACAUCGGUGGUGGAAGACCUGCUGUCCCGCCUGCUGAAGGUCCCGCACAGUUCCUCCUCUAAGUCCAGGUUGGCUGCCCAGGGUGUGCUGAAGGAGGAAGCAGUGUGGCAGAAUUCACAGCAGCGCUUCUGCCAGAGGAUGGUGGAGGAGUACCCUAUGUACCCCGAUGUGGUCGGGCCGCUUCGUACCGGCAUCUUCCAGCUUCGGCACGGUAUGAGGUUGGUGGCGUCCCAGGUGGCCGCCUCACUUACGCCUGUUCCAGACCUGUCCAAGCUGGUGUCCUGCCUGCUUGCCUUCCCGUCCCUUUCUCCAGGUUUGCCAUCACACCUGGCCCGGGCUGACUUCCUGUGCUCCAGGGCCUGUAUGGACAUUGUGCACAGUCUGGGGAAGCUUCUGCCCCCUGGUGACCCCGAGCACGUGGCCCCGCAUAGUUCCGUGCUGCUGCAGAAUGCCCUGCUGUACGUGCACUGCCACGCACUGACCGCGGGAGAGUUCAGCGACGAUGCACGCGGCCUCUUCAGGCACAUCUGUCAGGCUCUGGUGAACGAGUGGGACGAGCGGGAGCGGCACAGGAGAGAGCGAGAGCAGCUGGAGUCCAGCUUGUACCGUGGCCGCUCCCAGCCGCACGGCUCGGGCCUGAGCGAAGACCAGCAGGAAGAGCGAGAGUUCAGGCGCCGUUUCCCCCAGUUCAGUCAGGACUUUGCAGACAUCGUCUCGCAGCCGAGCCUGGAGACGCAGGCGGAUUCCGGGCCUGAGGAUCAGGACACGCAGGCCUGUGAGGCGUCCGGAGAGACCGGCUCCCUGUCAGCAGCAGGUAUGAACGCGGUGGUCCACGUGCACCAGCGUCUGUGUCUGGGAUUCGCCCGCUCGCUUUGGUAUCGAGGCACGGCACCGGCCAAUCACAUCAAAGAACACAUCCGGGCCCUGGUCUCCUCUUACCAGGUCGCAGCCCCGGUGAUGUCACACUUCUAUCAUCUCAUUGACGCUGAUCUGGACCAGCAGCUAACAGGAAGUGAAAUGCUGCUCUCCACCCUGCUGCAGAACACCGUGCUGGGCUCAGGCGGGCCUAGCGGUCUGACCAUCAGCUCAGAAGGACCUUAUGACUUCUACCAGCAGCCCCACAUGAGCGAGGCCCGUCUCUGUCUUCCUGUUCUGGAGCGGCUGGGCGGAGCCAUCAACCAGCGGCUGGAGGAGUGGCCUGAGCACCCGGCCCUGGUACAGCUGACUGUUGUGAUGGACAGAAUCUUAGCUUUCAGUCUGAACAGUCCCCUGGCCAAGUUCCUCAACGGCCUGCAGAUCCUACUCAGCAAAGCACAGGACUGGGAGAAUAAUGCCAGCCGCUCCGUCUCACUGAGGAAAGAACUGGAACCAGUUACACAGCUCAUCAUCCAGUGGCGUAAACUGGAGCUCAACUGUUGGUCGAGCAGUCUGGACAAUGCAGUGAGGCGCCACGCUGAAAAGUCGACCCAACACUGGUUCUCAAUCUACCAGCUGGUGGAGAAAAACCUGCAGGACCAGAGGACACACGCCGCCUCAGGUGAGGAGGCGGAGCUUCUGUCGGUGGCGUCUAGCCUCCAGGCCUUCAUCGAGGGCUCCACCCUGGGCGAGUUCCACACCCGCUUAUCCAUGCUGUUCAGCUUCUACUGCCACCUGCUGCUGGUUCCCGACCAACCCGGACGAGAACCUUUGUCCAGUCUUCUGUGGAACCUGCAUAAAUACUAUGCUCAGUUCAGCGAGAGCGUCAAGAACCGGAUCAGCCAGCUGAGACAGCCCAUCGAGAAGGAGCUGAAGGACUUUGUCAAAAUCUCCAGGUGGAACGACGUCAGUUUCUGGUCCAUCAAACAGUCUGUGGAGAAGACUCACCGGACUCUGUUCAAAUUUGUGAAGAAGUUUGAGGAGGCUCUGAAUAGUCCAAGUGUCACCGCCCUGGUGGAGGAGGGAAGCAGUGCACAGUUGGACAGUGUGGACACCAACCCUGAAGAAACGACACUCCACCGGCUUCACCAGGCCCUGAAGAACACCUUACCUGGGACAGGUCGAGACCUGCAGAUUGAGGACUCUGGGGACCGCGUCGAGGCUUCGUCUCUUCAGGGUCAUCUCCCUCUUUUGACCAGGAAGAUGAAGAAAAUGUGUGUCACACUGCAGAAGAAAAACCCGCUGCCUGAGCUGAAUGAAGACCUGGACAUCUUCACUGGUGAGAUCAUCAGCAGCCUGCGCAACUUGCAGAGUCUCGCCAUCGACAUGUCAGCGGAGAAGGAGAAGCAGAAAUCUGAAGUCAAACACAUCCUGCAGCAGAAGCAGAGAGCUCUGUCUGACCUGUUCAAGAUGCUGGCAGAAAUCGGUCUGUCGUAUCGUAAAGGUAUGGCGUGGAACAGAGCGGCUGACCCAAAGACAACGCUGUGUGUGCAGACGCUGGACGUGACGGCUGCGCUGUCUGCUGUCAGGAAGCAGGAAAAGACCGAGACCUUGCUGUUUACAGAGUUGGUGACGGUGUGGGACGGCUGUCAGAAAUAUUUCUACCAAUCCUGGGCCAGAAGAACAACCCUGCUGACUUCUCUGCAGCACGCUGCCAAGGAGCUGGGUCUGGGAAACAUAGAGCGGUGCCGUGGUUUCUCCUCUCACCUGUUCAAGCUGCUGCUGCGACAGAGACGACGGCUGGCCAAACUCACCGAGCGCUGGGUUCACCUGAGGAGGCUCACGAGCAGCGUCCAGGGUCUUAAAGUCCACCUUCAAAGCCACAGUGAAGACCUGGGCGGCGCAUUACCACCUCAGAACUCUCUGCAGCAGUGGCUCAGCCGCGGCCGGGCGCUCGCCGCACAGUGCGGUGACCUCCUGCAGCAGUUGGCCUGGAUGCUGCAGUGCUGCCCCGAGGACCUCCAGCAGAAGGAGGAGGAGACGAGCAGCCGUGGACAGCAGACAUUGAGGUGUCCGUCCCCACUGGCAGCACAGCGCCAACCUCCAGGGUGUCUGAUGAGACGCGGAGAUGCUGCAUGGUCCCAACUCAACCAACAGGUGGCUGCGAUGGAGACACAGAGCCGGAGUGUGAACGCGGAGCUGGACAGGGCAGCUCAUCAGGCCUUAGAGGAGACGCUGCACACAUGGAGCCACUUUGAGGCGUGCCGCUCAGGCUUUGACCAGCUGGGGUCCGUGGCUGCUCAGAUGCUCAGCGUGGAGCAGCUGUUCACUCCGGCGGUGUGUGUCGGCGGGAUUGAGGGUGAGCCGGGUGUCAUCCAGAGUCUGAAGUAUGUCAGAGGACGAGUGGAGGCUGAAAGGGCAGAGUUCACAGCGUGGAGAACCCUACUGCUCACUCUGGAGCACCAGCACGCCCCUCCAGACCAGACGGCAUUCUUCUCAAGGUUCAGCGUUGACGUGGAGGCGAGCAUCAACACGGUGUUGUGCGCCGUCCAGACGCUCGUGAAGAGACACCGUUCGACCGAGCCACUUGCAGAGGCUGUGAGAGACGAGGAUCACGAGCCUGUGGAGGACCCGCUGAGGCCCGAGGAGGACCUGCUGAAGCCCGGUCAUUUAACCCGGCUCCUGGACGAGGAUCUGGCGGCUGACAUUGACGCUCUGUGUGUUGGAGAAGUGAGCGCCAGCCUGGAGGCGCUGCUGAACCGCCUGCGGACUCACCGGGACUCCUGUCAGCCUUCACAGGUCCAGGAAGUGAAGAUGGCGUGCAGGAUGCUGGUGCGUCUGGAGCCGCUGCUGGCCGUGUACUCUGACGUGGUCCGUUACUACCUGACGGUGUCGCUGGGAGUGCACAGGAGCACCGGGAAGCUUCUGUCUGUACUGGAGCACAUCUUCACUGAACUGGCCCAGAAGGGGUUCUGCCUGCCGCAGGAACUGAUGGCCGGAGGAGACGGAGAUGGCGCCACAGAGUUCCACGACUACGAGGGCGGCGGCGUAGGAGAAGGCGAGGGAGUCAAAGACGUCAGCGACAAGAUUGACAAUGAAGAUCAGGUCGAGGACAAACCUCAGGAAGACCGAGACAAGGAGGGCCAGCAGCAGGAAACGGGGAAUAUCAAGGCAGAAGACAAUGCCAUCGAGAUGUCUGAGGACUUUGAUAGCCAGAUGCAUGAUGGGGAGGAGAAUGAAGGCAAUGAAGACGAGUCGGACAAAGAGGAUGAGGAAGAGCUGGACAGGAAGAUGGGUGAUCUGGGUGAAGGCCAGACGGACACUCUGGAUGAGCGAAUGUGGGGGGAGGAGGAGGAGGAGGAUGGGAGUGACCGAGAGGAAGAGUCUGGUCAGGGGAUGGAUCAGGGUCCAUCUGAGUUGGUGGCCAAAGAUGAUGGUCUGGAUGCUGGUGAUCCAAACAAAGACAAGAGAUCCCAGGAUGACGAUCAGGAGCUGGACGACGAGGACAAAGAGAAGAUCAACGAGCAGGGGGACCAGAGGGACUUUGAUGAAAAUGAAGUGGACCCUUACCACGGGCAGCAGGACAAGAGACCCGAGCCGGAGAGCAUGGAUCUGCCCGACGAACUCAACCUGGACCAGGAUGAGGAGCCUGGAGACGAGGGUGAAGAGGAGAACCCGUUAAACAUUGAGGAGAAAUCCACGAUUCCAGAGAAGGAUGCCGCCCAGAAAGACGGCCAGGAGGAGGAUGAGGGUGGAGCAGAGGAGAUGGAGGAGGCCCAGACUGACCAGUCAGGAGAGAAGGAGCACGAGCCCAAAACUGAAGAGGACACAGAGGGAGGAGAGGAAGCCCAGAGAGACCAGGAGGCUGUUGCUGAGGAGGAGGAGAGAGAAGAGAGAGGACAAGAUGAAGAUGUGGCUGUUCCCAACACCAACCACCAACAGAAACCAGAAAAGGAGGAGGAGGUGGCAGCUGAGGAGGAGGAGCAGCCAGAGUCAGCGGAGAGGAAGGAGCACAGCAGAGACGGUCAAACUGGAGAGCAGAGCGUGCAGAGCGACACAGCAGUGGAGCUGGCGGGAGAGGUGUCGCAAAGAGACGAAGCCAAAGAGGAUCAUGGGAGUGGAGCAGCUGAUGCCAACGAGUCAGAGGGCCACGAGUCCAAGCUGAUGGCCACGAGGACUUCACAGACCCAGACUCAGAAGCAGACUCAGAGUUUCAAGAGGAAACCUGGUCACGCAGACAAGGAGCGCUCUUCGGGCGACUACAGUGACCACGUCCACAAGCGUCUGCGGACUGUGGAGGGUUCUCAAGAUCAGACUGAGGACAGCCAGCAGAGCCGGGCCCAGCAGGAGUCGGACCUUUACGAACACAUGAAACAGGGAGACACGGCCUACGACACUCAGACAUACGAUGUUGCCAGUGUGGACCAGCAGAAGCCAGCAGGACCGCAGCAGGACCAAGAAGACAAGGAGGAUGAUGUCGCCAUGGAAGCUGAGGAAGAAGAUCUUCAGGCUGUGGAGGGUCAGAAGCUGAACCCCGAACAACUGGACUCAACUAAGGAAUCUCACAAAGGAGCAGAUAGCAGAGAGAUGGACAUGCAGUGGCAGGGAGAGGAAGGAGAAGAGGAGAGACUCGAGGACAGCAAACAUCUCAGAGAGGAAGAGGGAGCGAAGAGAAGCACCGAAUCCACAAUUCACACGGUUCCAGAGCUGCUGCUGCUGGACCCCGUGCAGAAAGCGCGGCUGGACCCCGAGGACAUGAGGAGGGAGAUGGAACUCCAGCUGGAAGCCUGGCAAAAACUGGCUCCCGGGGCUCGAGAGGAGGAGGCAGCAGCGGUCUCCAUGUGGCACCAGUACCAGACGUUGACCUCCGCCCUCUCCCAGCAGCUGUGUGAGCAGCUCCGCCUCAUCCUGGAGCCCACGCAAGCCGCCAAACUCAAAGGUGACUACCGCACAGGGAAGCGUCUCAGCAUGAGGAAGGUCAUCCCGUACAUCGCCAGUCAGUUCCGCAAAGACAAAAUCUGGCUGAGGAGAACCAAGCCAAGCAAGCGAGAGUACCAGAUCUGCCUGGCAGUGGACGACUCCUCCAGCAUGGUGGACAAUCACUCCAAACAGCUGGCAUUUGAGUCGCUGUCUGUGAUCGUCAACGCGCUGACACUGCUGGAGGUCGGUCAGGUGUCCGUGUGCAGCUUUGGCGAGCAGGUGCAGUUGCUCCACCCCUUUGGGCAGCAGUUCACUGAGGAGUCCGGUGCUCGGAUUCUGAGACUCUGUCAGUUCCAGCAGAAGAAAACCAGAAUAGCUCAGUUUUUGGAGGCGAUGACCAAAAUGUUUGUUGCAGCAAAAACUCAGAUUCCAGGAUCCAGAAACUCAGAGACGGCCCAGCUGCUGGUCAUUGUGUCUGAUGGCAGGGGACUUUUCCUGGAGGGGAAAGAGCGGGUGAUGGCCGCUGUGCGAGCAGCACGCGAUGCUGACGUUUUUGUCAUCUUCGUGGUGCUGGACAACCCCAACUCACGGGAUUCCAUCUUGGACAUCAAGGUGCCAGUGUUCAAAGAACCAGGAGAACUGCCUGAGAUCCGCUCCUACAUGGAGGAGUUCCCCUUCCCCUUCUACGUCAUCCUGAGAGAUGUCAACGCUCUACCAGAGACGCUGAGUGACGCGCUCAGGCAGUGGUUUGAACUCGUCACGGCGGCUGACCAAUGAAAGGCCACGUUGACAGGAAGUGAAAACUGCACAAAGUCAUUGAGGACUGCUGCUGCUGCACAUGUGCCU